UUACAAAUCUAGGCAGCAUGAAAUUCUUUGCAGUUCUCGCUCUUUGCAUUGUUGGAGCAAUUGCUCAUCCAUUGACUUCUGACGAAGCAGCACUCGUCAAGUCAUCAUGGGCUCAAGUCAAACACAAUGAAGUUGAUAUCCUUUAUACUGUUUUCAAAGCUUACCCAGACAUCCAAGCUCGUUUCCCUCAGUUUGCUGGAAAGGAUCUCGAUACAAUUAAGACAAGUGGUCAAUUCGCAACUCAUGCAACUCGCAUUGUCUCAUUCUUGUCAGAACUUAUUGCUCUCUCAGGAAGCGAAAGCAAUCUUUCAGCCAUCUAUGGACUUAUCUCAAAGAUGGGAACAGACCACAAGAACCGUGGAAUUACACAAACUCAAUUCAAUAAAUUCAGAACUGCCCUCGUCUCAUAUAUCUCAUCAAACGUCGCAUGGGGUGAUAAUGUUGCAGCUGCAUGGACACACGCACUUGACAAUGUCUACACCGCUGUCUUCCAAAUUGUCACAGCUUAA